GUAAUGGCUGUAUAUAUGUUGCACGAUCGAAGAGAUCGAUGUUGUUUGAGCAUGAAUUUUAUAUAAUUAAAAUGAACAUUCGCAACAUGUCACUUAAUACACUAGAUUUUGCGUUGUACUUACAGAUGUAAAUAAAUUGUACAUGUAUAUAUGAACCUUACCAGAAAUAGUACAGAGCAAGAGAAAUGUUUCGAGACACACCAAAGAUUGUUAUAGAAGAUGGAUCUUCCCCAUCUGCUUCCUAUGUUAUGUAUAUCAGAAUGGAAGAUUUAUUAGAGAAGUUGAAGUUGUUAAAUUAUGAUACAGAAUUCUUAUCAGAAUUUAAAAUAAAAGCUAUAAAUAGGAAUUAUUUUGUAAUGCAGACAAAUCCAGGAGAACAAUUUUAUACUUUUACAUCUUUAGCUGCGUGGUUAGUCAGGAAAGCAGGCAGAAGUUUCGAGCCUCCUCAAGAGUCUGAUGAUCCUAAUUCCACGAUAGCUAUAAUAUUAGAUCAUUUGAGAGACCUUAAUGUAUCUGUUGAAUUUCCACCUAAUAAACUCAAGCAAGGCAGUGGAGAGCAUGCUAUUUAUGUUUUGGAUAAUUUAGCAGAUGAAGCACUGAAGAUACAAAAAUUUCAGUGGAAAAAAGUAGAAAUACCACCUGAUGAACCAAGUAACGAACCAGAAAUAGAGGAGGAUGAUGCAGAAUUAAUUUUGGAAAAAGUGGAAGAAGAAAUGAUGGCUGAAUAUGACGAAGAGGAUGAAGAUGUUUUACAUGUUGAUGAUAUUACGAAACUUUACGGGCAGAAUUUUAAUGAAUCACAAAAACUUGAUGAUAUUUUGCAAUCUAAAACAAACAGAGAGGAGUGGCAGUUGGAACUGGAAAGAGUUUUACCUCAAUUAAAAGUAACAGUCAAAACAGAUUCAAGAGACUGGAGAUCGCACAUAGAUCAAAUGAAGCAAUUCCAUACAAAUAUAUCAACAAAUCUUACUGGAACUAAAAGUCAAUUAGAUAAGUUACAUAUUGAUAUAUCAAAUACUCUGGAUAAAAUAAAAACAAGAGAAUCGUAUUUAAAUAGACAACUUGAACCUAUCUUAAAAGAGUACCAAACACUUCAAGAAGAAUUGUCGAAAAUUAAAGAGCAAUAUCGCGAUGUUAGCGGGGGUGUAACGGAAAGAACAAGAGUUUUUAAUAAAAUGUCAGAGGAAUUAGAACACGUGAAAAAAGAAAUGGAUGAAAGAGGAUCGAGCAUGACAGACGGAACUCCGCUUAUAAAUAUAAAAAAGACGAUUACCAAAAUGAAAAAUGAAAUCUCUGAAAUGAAUGUUAGAAUCGGAGUAUUAGAAUACAGUCUAAUGUGUGCGAGAAUACGAGAUCGUACACAGUUACAAGAAGAUAUGAACAAUACGAACAGUAUCGCGAUAACUUGAAGUUUUUACUAUCGUUCCUACCGUAGAGUAAAACGAUUAACAUUAUCAAACACGAAAUUUGUCUCUAUCGAAACGUAUCAGUAUUUGUAUUACUUUUUUACUAUCCGCGCGUACGUUUGAUGCACUGUUUGGUAUGAGUUAUAAUUAUCGAUCAUUGUUAAUAAGGGUCCAAUAUAGCAUUUGUCUCCUGCAUCGUCAUCGUACAAUUUGUACGCACAGACGCAGAUUUUACUUGCAAAAAUUGAUUGCUCAGUCAUAUAUUUUUCACAAUGGAAUCGUGAUGAAUAAAAUGCAAUAAGUGAAAAAACUUUUGUACUUCUUUC